AAAUACAGCCUGAAAUACUAUUGUCCUAAUUAUUUAUUUAAUAUACUUAACUAUGACAGUUUUAAUGUGAAUAUAUUUCUUAUACAUGUGCGUAGUAAGAAUCGUUUCAACAUUAUCAUGCCAGAAAUAAUGAUAUCCGGUAUACCCGUUAAUUUCCCAUUUGACCCAUAUGAUGUCCAGAAAGCAUAUAUGGAAAAAGUGAUUGAAAGUUUACAAAACAAUACUAAUGCCUUAUUGGAGUCUCCCACAGGAACAGGAAAGACGUUAAGCUUACUUUGUUCUUCGCUGGCAUGGUUAUUAGUAAAAAAAGCUCAGUUGCAAAUGAACGCGCAAGUCGGCAAUUUUUCGGAACACAGUGGUUUCAGUGGGUCAUUGAAAGAUAAUUUGAAGUCUGGUGCCGGGAAAGGAAAGGAUAAUGUAUCGUGGGGAAUGCCGAAAAUCAUUUAUUCAUCCCGAACACAUUCACAACUUACUCAGGCUAUGCAAGAAUUGAAAAGAUCUAGCUAUAGACAUGUUAAGGCUGCAGUUUUAGGCUCACGAGAUCAAAUGUGUAUUCAUCCAGAGGUUUCAAAGGAGACCAACAAUACCAAUAAGGUCCACAUGUGCCAGCUUAAGGUUAAAUCUCGAACAUGUCAUUUCUAUAACAAUGUUGAGUCUAAAAAAGAUGAUAGGGCUGUAAAAGGUGAUGACAUAUUGGACAUAGAAGACUUAGUGGCUGUAGGGAAAAAAAUAAAAUGUUGCCCCUAUUAUUUAUCAAAGGAAUUAAAACAGGAUGCAGAUAUUGUGUUUAUGCCUUAUAAUUAUAUUUUAGAUCCUAAAUCCAGAAAAGCUAAUGGGGUAGAGCUUAUGAAUAAUAUUGUGAUACUAGAUGAAGCUCAUAAUGUUGAGAAAAUGUGUGAAGAAUCUGCCUCUUUACAGGUUAGAACUACCGAUGUUGCUGUUUGUAUUGAUGAAAUAACUCAUAUUAUGAGAUCAUUCAGUGAAAAUAGUGAAGACCAAAUGGAUUCAACAGGUGAUAGUGGUCAGACUAAAGAUUUCACCUGUGAUGAUUUAUGUGUACUAAAAGAAAUGAUGCUAGCAUUUGAGAAAGCUAUUGAUGAAAUUAAUGUGGGCAGCGAAGGUGUAACCUACCCAGGAGAAUUUAUAUUUGAACUACUAUCGAAAGCUGAAAUAAAGGAUCACAAUCAGAUGGCGGUUAUAACACUAAUAGGGAAUCUUAUUCAAUACUUAUCAACAGCUAGUGCAUCUCCAUUUCAACGUAAGGGAAUUGGUUUGCAGAAAAUAGUAGAUUUAUUAAAUGUUGUAUUCAGUGGCACCACACAUGCCUACAAAGAGAGAGUUAAAUUAUGUUAUAAAGUUCAUGUCCAAGUAGAAGAUAAAAAGAACAAUAAAAAGUCAGACAGCUGGGGAUCUUUAAAAACAACAAAUUCUAAAACUGCAGAGCGAGUCCUUAGUUACUGGUGUUUUAGUCCAGGGUUUGGUAUGCAACAGUUGGUAGAACAAAAUGUUAGAAGUAUAAUAUUGACCAGUGGCACCCUAGCUCCCUUGAAACCAUUAAUAUCAGAAUUGGGUAUUCCAAUUGGAGUACAGUUAGAAAACCCUCACAUAAUUAAAAGUAAACAAAUAUGUGUAAAAAUUAUAAGCCAAGGCCCAGAUUCUACACCUCUAAAUUCAAAUUAUCAGAAUAGGGAUAAUCCCAAAUAUAUUUGUUCCUUAGGUAGAACAAUAUUAAGUUUUUGCCGUGUUGUGCCAGAUGGACUUUUAGUGUUUUUUCCAUCUUAUCCAAUUAUGGCAAAAUGUCAGGAAAUGUGGCAAGCAGAAGGAAUUUGGUCAAGUAUAAAUAACAUAAAACCAAUUUUUGUUGAACCACAGAGAAAAGAUACAUUUAACAGUGUAAUUAAUGACUACUAUUCUAAAAUAACUGAUUCCAGCACUAAAGGAGCUUGUUUUUUAGCAGUAUGUAGAGGCAAAGUUUCUGAGGGUCUAGAUUUUGCUGAUAUGAAUGGAAGAGCUGUUAUUAUUACUGGACUACCAUUUCCACCACUUAGAGAUCCAAGAAUUAUAUUAAAGAAAAAAUAUCUGGAAGAGCUUCGUACAAAAGGAAAAGAUUUUCUUUCUGGGGAUGAAUGGUAUUCUUUGGAGGCCACCAGGGCUGUGAAUCAAGCUAUAGGUAGAGUUAUUAGGCAUCAAAAUGAUUAUGGUGCUAUUUUACUGUGUGACAGUAGAUUUAAUAGUCCUAAGCUGAAAGGUCAAUUAUCUGCAUGGUUGAGAGAUCAUAUUAAUGUAUCUAAUAAGUUUGGAGAGACAGUCAGUGAGAUAUGCAGAUUCUUCAAAAAUGCUGAAGCAUCAUUGCCACCUCCGAAACUUAAACCUUUGCUUCCCUAUGAGUCAAAUUUGGGUUCCAAAGAAAAUACGACAACUAGCAUUACUGGUGUAUCAUUUCCUGCAACCAAUGCUAGAGUUUUACAAAAAAGUAAAAAGUCAGUAAAUCAGUAUCCAAACUCAAAUGAAGUGUAUGCAAAUUUUUCUAUGGAUUUUUACAAAAAUGCACAAUCUGCAUAUGUGAAUGAAUUUAAACCGAAACAAGCAAAGGAUCUUUUUAGUGCUUUAGAUUGUAGUAAUGAGUCUGCUGUGCAAUCAACAUCACAAUCUUUAGUCAACAUUCACAAAAGGAAUUCAGUUGAAAUUGAAGGUGCAGUGGUUGCUAAAAAAAAGAAGUUAAAAAUCAAACCAUUUGGGUUUGAGGAAAACCUGCAGAGUAGUGUAACAUUGAGUAAUAAAGUAGCUCCAACAUCAUUAAUAGAUUUUGUGAAAGAAAUUAAAACAUUGCUCGAAGCAGAUCAAUAUAAACAAUUUCAACUAUCCAUCUCUGCAUAUAAGAAAGAUGGUGACUACACACAAUUUAUACAAUUUUUAAAAAGUGUAAUGGAAAAUAGAAAAAUGUUUUAUUUAUUCAAAGGUAUGAAAAGAUUUUUAAAGGAAGAACAUAAAAAUGUCUUUCAAGAGUACUGUGAUAAUGUAAAAUUUAAUGACUGAUGAAAGAUCUUUUAGAUAAUUACA